AUGUCUGCACUUAUGAAACUGAAAACUCUUGAGGGUCAUUUAGGUGCCCUUUCUGGAUUUUCAGAACCUAAAAUAGAGCUUGAACAAUAUGAAACACCAGCACAUAUAGCUGCUGUGGCUCUUUACACCAUGCAGACUCAAUAUGAAGCUCUUGAGAAUAAGUUAGUCCUAGAUGCUGGUUGUGGGCCCGGUAUGUUGGGCAUUGGUGCAUCACUAUUGGGAGCAGGAAUGGUUGUAGCGAUGGACAUUGAUGAUGGUGCCUUAGAGGUGUUACAAGAAAACAUUGAAGAAAUGGAAAUUCCUAGCAUUGAUGCCGUUCAAUGUGAUUUUCUCAAUUCAAAACAUUGCAGAUGGGAAAAUUAUUUUGACUCAGUGUUAAUGAACCCACCGUUUGGUACUAAAAAUAAUGCUGGUAUUGAUAUGAAGUUUCUCAGGAUGGGUUUGGAUCUCACUUGCGACAGUGUUUACUCCUUACACAAAUCAUCAACGAGAACACAUAUACAAAAGAAAAUUAAAGAAUGGGGAGUAAAAGGAAGUGUCAUUGCAGAACUUCGAUACAACUUACCAGCAACUUACAAAUUCCAUAGACAACAAACGAGAGAUAUUGCUGUCGACCUAUGGAGGAUACAUCAUUUAUAAUUAUGAAAUAUAAAACAAUAUGACCGAAAAUUGUCUAUAUCAAUGAUUUUUUUAAAUAAAUAGGCAUGUUUUAAAAUAUUGUAAAUAUAAAAUGAACUUGGGAAAAUUAAAACAUU